UUAGUUACAGAAUUCUAAAAAAAAUGUCUGGGACUAAAGGUGGUAGCAGCCAAAAACAUGGGCAGUCCAAAGAUCAUGAAGUAGGUACCAAAUUGGCACAAUCUCAGGAUGCUACACAAGCUCACUCUAAAGAACCCAGUCACCAACAAGAUCAUGGGGGUCAAGAUCAUGCAAGCAAAGAGAGCAAAGGCCAUGAAGAUAAAGGUCAUGGUGGAAAAGGCUCUGAAGAAGGUGGCCAUGGAAAAGGUCAAGAAAACAGUGGUCAUGAAGGAAAAGGCAAUGAAAGUAAAGGCCACGAGAAAAAAGGCUCUGGAGAAUCAGGUUUAGGGGGACAAGACCAUGGAAGUAAAGGCCACGCAGAAAAAGGCGAUGACAAUAAAGGUCAUGGGGGCAAAUGAUCCAGAGGUUCAAAUGAUGGAGUUUAGACGUGGAAACACAAGAGCUACCCGACAAGUGAAGAUUCCAAAAAUAAGCACCUGGCCCUUUUCUUUAACCUUUAAGCCCUGUGCGUAGGAACCAGACAAUAAAUCAUUACUUCCAA